AUGCCCUCUCUGCAACUCUCUCUGAGUAUCUCUCCACUCACUGACCCUACUCUCUCUCCUCAACCCAAACCUCAAUCUCUCUUGCUCGUGCCACACACCCCUCUAAGACCCAAACACCUCCUGUGUUGUCUCUUUGCCACUGCAAAAAAUGCGAUUAUCGUUGAAGACCAAAACGCCGUCGUUAAUGGAAGAGUGGGAGCCGAUACCGGUGUUCCGGCGGAGGAAGACUUAUUAUUGCCGGCGGGGCUCCAGAAAGAGUUCAUGCCGAAGCACGUGGCGGUAAUAAUGGAUGGAAACAGAAGGUGGGCCCGGAUGAGAGGCUUACCAGUCGUGUUGGGUUAUGAAGCGGGUAUUAGGGCAUUGAGAAGGGUUAUGGGUCUGUGUUGCAAGUGGGGGAUUAUUAGGGUUCUUACUGUAUUUGCAUUUUCAUCAGAUAACUGGUUUCGACCAAAAGUGGAAGUUGAUUUCUUGAUGCGCUUGUUUGGAAGAGGAUUGAAAGAUGAGCUCGAGAACUUUGUCAGAAAGAACAUUCGGAUUUCUGUAAUUGGGGAUUCCUCUAAGCUCCCAAAGCCCCUUCAGGAAUUGAUAAUGGCUGCAACAGAGACCACAAAGAACAAUUCAGGACUCCACCUCAUUGUGGCUGUUAAUUAUAGUGGGCAGCGUGAUAUUGUGCAAGCUUGCCAAAGCAUUGCUUUGAAAGCAAAGGACGGUCUUAUUGAACCCGAAGACAUCAAUGAGUUUCUUAUUGAACAGGAGUUAGACACACGUUGUGCGGCCUUCCCUCACCCUGAUCUUCUAAUACGGACUAGUGGUGAGCUUCGAGUAAGCAACUUUUUAUUGUGGCAGUUAGCCUACACCGAACUGUUCUUUACACAAUCACAUUGGCCUGAAUUUGGAGAAUCUGAGUUCUUAGAGGCUUUACACUCCUUUCAGCAAAGGCAAAGACGGUAUGGUGGGAAAAAUACUUGA